UGCGCGUGUUUUUGCAAUGCAUCCUCCAAGGAAGAAGAGGGCGCCGAGGAGAGCUCGCUCCUCCCGCCCCCAGACGUGAAACUGUUUGCAAGAGCCGCCGGGCACCCGCCUGGGAAGCAGCCUGAGCAGCCGCGGGGAAGGAUGCACGGUGUGGGGCCUGGCUUCUCCGCGCGCUCCCUCCAGGCUGGCCUCCGGUGAGGUCGGGCGAGGAGGAGGGGCAGGCGAGCGGGGCGGCGGCGCGGAUGGCCCGUCGCUGAGGCUGCCGCCCAUGCACUGCUCCUGCUUCCAGGCGCUGGUGGCGGCGCUGGCGCUGGUGGCCGGCUUGCAGCUGCUCUACUUGGCGCUGCUGUCGGGGCUGCACGGCCAAGAGCAGCGCUCCCGCUAUGCCGAGCUCUUCCAGGGCCGACGGGCGCCGACGGCCCGCGACGCCCACAAGGAGCGCCUCAAGCAGGUGCUGGCCAGCGGCGGCGCCCUGGACGCCAGCGGCCAGUACCGCGUGUAUCGGGACAUGGUGCGCGGAUCCUGGGAGGGCGAGCGCAGCCCCGACGUGGUGCUGGUCACGCACACCAGCCUGGGCAACCUGCACCACGCGCAGCGCCUGGCCGAGCGCUGGCGGGGGCCCAUGUCGGUGGCCCUCUUCGCGCCGGGCGCCGCCGAGGUGCGCUUGGCCACGGCGCUGGUGUACGCGCUGGCCGCCCUGUGCGCGCCCGUCCGCCAGCUGGUGCGCCUCCACCUGGUGUGCCACGCCGACCAAGCGGCCUCUUUCCCGGAGCUGCCGGACCGCGGCGAGUUCUCCCGCCUGCAGGCCUGCGGGGAUGUGUUCGCCAAGCUGGCGCGGGUAGCCGCGGGCCGGCGCAAUUACGCGCUGGACGCCGCCAACGCCUCGUACCCGAACAACCUGCUGCGCAACGUGGCUCGGGGAGCCGUCGGCGGGCACUGGAUGCUGGCGGUGGACAUGGACAUGGUGCCCAGCGAGGGGCUGCGGGAGGACUUCUUGGCUUUGCCCGGAACUGCCGCCGAGGAAACGCCGGGGGUCUUCGUUGUGCCGGCUUUCGAGAUCCGCCACACCCGUCGGAUCCCGGGCACCAAGACGGAGCUGCUGCAGCUGUACCAAGUGGGCGAGAUCCGGCCGUUCUAUGAGGAGCUGUGCCCGCGGUGCCAGGCGCCCACCAACUACUCCCACUGGCUGAAUCUCCCCGUCGGAGGCCCCCUGCGCGUGGCCUACGAGGUGGAGUGGCGGGACCCCUGGGAGCCCUUCUACAUCGGGGCUAGUUCUGUGCCCCCCUACGAUGAGCGCUUCAAGCAGUAUGGCUUCAACCGGAUCAGCCAGGCCUGUGAGCUCCACGUGGCUGGGUACCGUUUCUCUGUGCUGAGCAAUGCCUUCCUGGUCCACAAGGGCUUCAAGGUGGCAAGCGAGUUCCACGCACAAAAGGAUGCCGAGAAUCAACGCAACAAGCUACUCUUCCGGCAGUUCAAGCAGGAGCUCAAGACCAGAUACCCCAGUUCACCACGACGGUGCUGACCUCACGUCUACCUUUGUGGAAAUAGAGCGGAGCCUCUUAGCUGGACAGCGAGGGGAGCAUAGUUGCACACUGUCACAACAGAAAUGUCUGACUCAGGAUGAGAACCACUCCUUUGCCAAUUGGAGGGAGGGAAAGGGCAUAGUGACUCGCUGACCUGUUCGCUCCAAAUGUGUUUGUUGCUGCUAGAAGUAUUUGUGCUUCAUUUUGGGGGGAAUUUGUGUAUGCACAUACAUACACACACUGAGACCCCUUCAGGUAGGAGAAUACCCCCAUUGAGUGCUCUCUCUGUGUGUGUAGUUUAAAAAUAAUAAUAUGGGGGUUUGCCUCAAUCUCACAGACAUCUCAAGGGUUGAUUCAGAAGGUCAAACUUGUUGAAGGUGAAUUGCCAAUCCCAGCCAAAAAACUUGGAAGUCUUAUUGGCUCACCUCCCAGUUAGUUCACUUCUGGGGUGAGCGAUGAUGGGGAAUCUGAUAAGGAUGGGGAACCUGAGGCUCUCCAGGUGUUAUUGGACUCCAGCUGCCUUCAGGGAACAUGGCCAGUAGUCAGAGAUGGUAGGAGUUGUAGUCCAACCAUCGUUGGUGUAAACACUAGCAGGUUGCCUUUGAUGGGUGUUCAUAAUUUUACACAGAGAAACACAGUGACCUGCGGGAUUAUUCAAAAUAGUAGAGCUAGCCCACUCUGCCAUUUUUUAAUUCCUGUAGAUGGUGGGUUGUUUUCUUAGUAAACAAAUUCAGAGAUAAUAACUUUGGGAUAACAACCAUUCAAUCUGGAUUCUGUGGACAAUCCUGCAAUCCUAUUAUUUCUACUUGUCCCCAGUGCUUACAGACAUGAAGCUCUGGGAUUUGAGAUAUGGUGAUUUGGAGCAGAGAAACAGAACCGUGAGCCAAGAUUAUUGGGCCCUGCACCCAAUGUUGCUUCUCAGAUUGGUGACCCCCAUUUCCUUUUCUGUAUAAUGGGAAUAAAUAUACUGACAUCUGUCCUGGGAACGGGGCGGAGGAGCUUAAUUUAUUGCUGUCCUGAACAAUCACAGUCUGUAAAUGAAUUAAACUGAACCAGUUUGAUUUAAAAC